UCAUAGUUAAAUCAGAUAUUUAAAAUCAUUGUUUCAAAGAGAUUAGUUUACAUGGAUCGAUUUAACUCACAUUGUAUAUACUUUGAUAACAAACAUGACUACGCAAAUACAAGAGUAACGAUUAGUUUGUCCUUUAACUUAACAUGGCUGACCCUAGCGCUGCAAAACUGGAGCUUUUAUUUGCACACUUAUCGAUAAAUAAUGUGCAGCAUGUGAAACCGUUGGUACUGGAUGCAAUAGACGAAUACCAGACUAUUCGCUCUAAUUUGACAUAUGAAGAAAGAAAGAAAGUGAACUUCAUUAAAAGUCUGUUAGGGCACGUGGAGAGAGGUGAGUGGGAGGAGGCACGUGCAAAUCUACAAAAUGCGCAAAACGCAUAUCAGGAAUACCUUGAAAACUUCGCGCGUGGUAUCAAGAAAGAGCCUGGAGGGUCAGACAGCUAUGCUUUUAUUCACGGCAAAUCAUCAAAAAUCACAGACAAAAUGGCUCAACCAGAACCGGAAAUGCCAACCAGCACGUUUGAUAAAAGUCAUUAUAUGUUCAGAGAUAGCGACUUUUCGAAGGUAAACACACUUGAGCAAGAUAGCAACAGACUGCAAUCACAACAUUCAAAUGCAACAUCGAGAAGAAUAAACCUAUGGUCAGCAAGACACAGGAGUCAUGCACCAGAAAAAGAAAACACCCCGUCGGUUUUCGGCGAGGAUCAGGGUCCUACUGAUAGUUUCAAGAAUAUGAAAGAGAGUUAUGCUGUAAAUGGUGCACACAGCGAUGAAUAUCCAGGAUCUUAUAGUCAAUAUCAAAAUUUGCAACCGACCACAUUGAAACAGGCGUUGAAGCUUACAGAAAAAAGGGACAGAUCAGAAGGCAAAGUCGACGAUGAAGCAGACGUUAAUCGUCCGUCUAAAAUAGCAGAUUCGUACACACGGCUUUACGAAUGCGAGUGGCACAUCGCAAUGGAUUCCCUUAAACGGUUGGCGGUCAUCGAGGAGACAGCAAUCGAGUGUUUACUCUAUAUUCUCAUGGAAGCCUACAGGCUGUGCCUAGAUGAAGCAAAACUACAAGUGUUAGAAUUUGAAAAUGCGGCUUUAAAUAUAAUAACAAAUGGAAAGUUUACAUACACUGAACGAAACCAACUCAGUAAAACCAGGAACGUCAAACAUAUGAUUCAGUACCGAAAGGAAGUUGCCGACUUGGGAAUUAAACGAAUCCAGGACCAAUUCCUGGUCAAGACGUUGCCAGUGAUACACCGACGUUAUGGAAUCAAAUCCGAGAAUGCGUUGGAUGCUUAUAGCAAAGAAUGUAUUGCUGUCACAUGGCGGAUGGCCAUUCAAGAUCCGCCUAUCUACAUAGACUCGAGGGUCAAGGAUGAAGUAAUCCACCCGAACCGAUAUAAAGUGUAUCGUAAUUCUGGGGAGAAGAUCAGAUACCUAGUAUGGCCUGUGUUAUGGCUGUAUAAAGGUGGCUUAGUUUUGGCAAGAGGGGUCGCGCAAGGUGAAGGUCAAUAACAGAGAGUCUGUUUCCUGUGCAUAUCUUGUUUGCCUGGUUUCAAUAAAUACAAUGAAAUGUGACAAUCACUAUUGGUUCUGGUAAAAAACUUUAUAGAUAUGAACGUUAGCAGAAGUUGGCGUCUUUAGAAAUCCUACUGGUUAAUAAGUUUGAUAAGCAUACAUAUAUUAUUUUUUUUCUACAGAUAAUAAUGUUAUGUGCAAUCAAAAAUAUACUACAUUUAAGAUCAGAAUCCAUAGAAUUGGCUGAUACGACACUUUUCUGUAGUAUAAGCCAAUGCGUUUUGUAAAAAAUCACCAAACCACUUGCAUAUGUUGGUCCUGAAUGUUGCUUCAGUGUACAUACAUUUUAUAAAGGAUAUAAUUAUGUAUCAACAAUAUAUAGUUAUUCUGAUUAAUUGAUGACUUAAAUAGAUGCAUAGCAAUAUUUAUAUGUGAUUGCAUUAAAGUGCAUAACCUUUCUUA